AUGGAUAAUCUUCUGGGACUUCUUAGAAUUCGGGUCAAGAGAGGUGUAAAUCUUGCUGUUCGAGAUGUACGAAGUAGCGAUCCUUACGUCGUUGCCAAAAUGGGUAAACAGAAAUUGAAGACUAGUGUUAUAAGAAAGGAUGUAAAUCCUGAAUGGAAUGAGGAUUUGACGCUUUCUGUUGCAGAUCCUAAUCUUCCAAUCAAGCUGACUGUGUACGACCACGACACGUUCACCAAGGAUGACAAAAUGGGAGAUGCAGAAAUUGACAUCAAACCGUUUGUAGAAGUCUUGAGAAUGAAAUUAGACAACCUCCCCAGUGGUACUAUACUUAAAAGAAUACAACCGUGCAGGUCGAAUGGCCUUGCUGAAGAGAGUUGCAUUAUCUGGAAGGACGAGAAGGUGAUGCAAGAUAUGUGCUUGAGAUUGAGAAAUGUGGAGUGUGGUGAAGUGGAAAUUCAGCUUGGGUGGAUUGCUCUCCCUGGCUCGAGAUGUAUAUAG